CCGGGCGGGCGGCCGCGGGCCCAUGAACAGCCGGGCCCCAGGGACUCUGGCCGUGGGGAGAGUGAAAUUCUUCGGCCAGCACCGCGGGGAGGUCAACUCCUCCGCCUUCUCUCCUGACGGCCAGAGGCUGCUCACAGCCUCAGAGGACGGCUGUGUAUAUGGAUGGGAGACCCAGAGCGGGCGGCUGCUGUGGAGACUGGGUGGCCACACAGGCCCUGUGAGGUUCUGCCGCUUCUCCCCUGAUGGCCGCCUCUUUGCCAGCACCUCCUGUGACUGUACCAUCCGCCUGUGGGAUGUAGCAGAAGCUAAGUGUCUGCAGGUCCUAAAGGGUCACCAGCGGAGUGUGGAGACCGUCAGCUUCAGUCCUGACUCAAAGCAGCUGGCAUCAGGUGGCUGGGACAAGAGGGUGAUGCUCUGGGAGGUACAGUCAGGCCAGGUGCUGCGCCACUUAGUGGGACACUGAGACUCCGUCCAGAGCAGUGACUUCGCACCCAGCUCAGACUGCCUGGCCACUGGCUCCUGGGAUUCCACCAUUCGCAUGUGGGACCUUCGGGCAGGGACCCCAGCGAUCUUCUACCAGGAGCUGGAGGGCCACAGGGGCAACAUCAGCUGCCUGUGCUACUCAGCAUCUGGCCUACUGGCGUCCGGCUCCUGGGACAAGACCAUCCACAUCUGGAAGCCCUCAACCACAGGCCUGCUUGUCCAGCUCAAGGGCCACAUCACCUGGGUGAAGAGCAUAGCUUUCUCCCCUGAUGGGUUGCAGCUGGCCAGUGCUGGCUACUCCCACAUGGUCAAAGUGUGGGACUACAAUACAGGAAAGUGCAUUGAGACCCUGAAGGGAGUCCUGGAUGUGGCCCACGCCUGUGCCUUUACCCCAGAUGGAAAACUCUUAGUGUCUGGAGCUGCUAAUUAGACAAAACCCAAGUUCACUGCAAAUUACCCAGAGCUGCUCAAACAGAUCAUCAGCACCUACGGCUCUCAAGACCUAUCACCCCUGCCCCUCCCCGCCCAGGGGACACAGGCCCAAAGCAACAACAGAGCACUCAACAGAUCCCUGUGCCCAGGGCUGCCAUGGCCCCACAUCAGGGCAGCCAACAGCGGCAGGCCAGCUUGCUGGAAUCCAUCAGACACCUGGUAA